GAGCGGGCGGGGAGCAGCGGCCCGGGUGCCGACGGACCGAGGCGGGCUCGGGCGCGGAGCCGGGGCGCGCGGCGCGGGAAAGCACAGCCUAGCGGGCAGGACGACGAGCCGGCGGGCGGCGGCGGCAGCGGCGGCUCCCACCCGGCCAGUGCAGGGCCUCGGGUCGAGCCGUGCGGGGCCUCGGCGCGGGGCGCGGGCAGCGGGAGGAAGCGGCAGCGUGCGCCAUGGCGGGCGGACCCCCCAAGGCCCUGCUGUCCUCGGGGCCCCACUCCCUGCGCGACAUGCCGCACCCGCUCGCUGGCUCCAGCAGCGAGGAGGCCGUGGGCGGCGAUAGCACGCCCAGCCCAGACCUGCUGGUGGCCCGCAGCUUCGGUGACAAGGAUCUCAUUUUGCCCAACGGUGGCACUCCGGCAGGUGCUUCCAGCCCAGCCUCCUCAUCGUCCCUUCUGAAUAGACUUCAGCUUGACGAUGACAUUGAUGGUGAGACUCGAGAUCUCUUUGUCACGGUUGAUGACCCCAAGAAGCAUGUCUGUACAAUGGAGACCUACAUCACCUAUAGGAUCACCACCAAAAGUACUCGGGCAGAGUUUGACUUGCCAGAAUAUUCUGUUCGCCGAAGAUACCAGGAUUUCGACUGGUUGAGGAGCAAACUGGAAGAAUCUCAGCCCACCCAUCUCAUUCCCCCACUUCCUGAGAAGUUUGUGGUGAAAGGUGUUGUGGAUCGUUUUUCAGAAGAGUUUGUGGAGACCAGAAGAAAAGCUUUGGAUAAAUUCCUGAAAAGAAUUACAGAUCAUCCCGUGCUGUCUUUCAAUGAACAUUUUAAUGUUUUCCUUACUGCUAAGGACCUGAACGCCUACAGGAAGCAGGGGAUGGCACUGCUGACCAGAGUGGGUGAGUCGGUCAAGCACGUCACUGGAGGCUACAAGCUGAGGAGUCGGCCUUUGGAGUUUGCAGCCAUCGGCGAAUACUUAGAUACUUUUGCACUCAAGCUGGGAACCAUUGAUCGGAUAGCGCAGCGGAUCAUCAAAGAAGAAAUAGACUACCUUGUAGAGCUGAAAGAAUACGGGCCUGUGUAUUCCACGUGGAGCGCUCUAGAGGGUGAGCUGGCAGAGCCCCUGGAGGGUGUGUCAGCUUGCAUCGGAAACUGCUCUGCAGCCUUGGAAGAGCUGACAGACGACAUGACAGAAGACUUUCUACCUGUGCUCAGGGAAUACAUUUUAUACUCUGACUCCAUGAAGAGUGUACUGAAGAAGAGAGAUCAAGUUCAAGCAGAAUAUGAAGCCAAACUGGAAGCCGUGGCUCUGAGGAAGGAAGACCGCCCCAAGGUGCCGGCAGACGUGGAGAAGUGUCAGGAUCGUGUGGAGUGUUUCAACGCCGAUCUGAAGGCCGACAUGGAGAGGUGGCAGAACAAUAAGCGGCAGGACUUCCGGCAGCUGCUCAUGGGCUUGGCUGACAAGAACAUCCAGUAUUAUGAGAAGUGCCUCAUGGCGUGGGAGUCCAUCAUUCCACUCCUGCAGGAGAAGCAAGAGGGCAAGUAGCCUCCUUCUUGGGACAGAGACUCUUCUACCUACACGGGGUGUGGCUCGCUGCACCAGAAUGUCCCUGCAGUGCCAGAGAGAUGGCGCUGGGAACAGAAGCACCUCUCCUUUGUGUACUUUCUUCCUCUCCCCUGCAUCCCACAGAAGUUGUUUUCAAUUAGUAUUUAUUCCUUGGUGGAGUCUGUGAGGCUAUAAUCAUCUCUCAGAAUAAGAAGCAUACCUCUGUGUCAUGAAGGAACCUAUGAAAUGGAACACUACAAAGACUUCAGAGUGAGGAACACAACAGUGCACAGCUGACUUGUGACAUCUCACGAGAGAGUUUCCUCUUUGGAAAUUGCCUGUUGUGGGAGAUAAUCCAGGUCCUACUUUUCAAGGACAUGAAGGAGUCGAGAAGAGACGUUCUGUGGCUUGCUGUGGUGACACAGCAGCCCUGUCCUUGACCCCUGGGGGCAUUGUCUUGGCCCAGCCUAUAAGGAGGUGUUGGGACCUCCAAGGAAAGUCCUUAAUUUAUAGUGGCCUGAAGCUGUGAGUGUGGCCUGCUGCCUGCUUGUGAUGAGUGACACGUGUUUUAUUGUUUGUGGUCCAUGUGGAGCCAUUGAAAUCAGUGUCCAGAUGAUCCUGUCCUGGAGUGGGCAAGCCAGUGUCCUCAUCCCCAUGUGAUGCCUUGGGAAGCUGAGGGGUGUGCAUGCUCCUCAAUCAUGUCUCUGACACCAGAAUACAAUACAUUAGCAACUUUUGGUGAAAAAUGAAAAAAGGUGCAUUUUUUCCUCUGUAAAGGUCUUUAGUGUUUUUCUUUGGUGUCAAUACAGUCAAGAUAAGAUAUGUUAAGAAAUACCUGUUAUUUUGCAGUAAGAGUAGCUCCUCUAUUGUUGAGAUCAGUGGGCAUAUACCAGGCCCCACUUUCAAUGUCUGCUUUGUGCAAUUUGCCUUUACCUCGCCAAAAUACCUAGUUGAGUACUUCCUACCAUGUCCAUAAGAUGUUUGGGCAGCCUUUUGGUGAGGGGACUUGUAUGUUGCAUUGUUAUGACACAAAAUUUGUGAACUCAGCGUGAAUGUUCUACAUAAAGUGCUUUAACCCUCCACGCUUCUUGAUCGGGUAGAGUCAGUACUGCAGGGGCUUCACGGUAACAAGGGUAACAGUGAACUAUUUGCUUCUAGCAAAGCAAAAAUCUCAAUUAGUAACCAAAUUCUUGGAGGCUGUUGGGUGUGUUUAAAAUCUUCAUUUCAAACUAUUACCAGGUUUUCUUUUAAAAUCACCAUACAAUUAAUAGUCAUAAGGGAUCUGUCUUCUGCUUUGUUUUCCUCCCCAAAGAAUUGGCAUAUGUCAUAUUUGUGUUCUUUCUUCAGUGACUCUUCUCAAUAGUACUGUAACUCUAGCAUCAAAUAAGCAGUAGUUAAUUUUGGUUUUGAGACAGGGUCUCACCAAGUCCAGGCUGGGCUCGAACUCACUAUGUAGCCCAGGAUGCUCUUGAACUCGUAGUGAUCCUCCUGCCCAAUCCUCCUGUGGAUGUGGUUACAGACAUGUGCCACCAUACCUGGCUUAUUUUUGUUUUUAAAAUGAAGCAGUUAAAACACUGCUGUGUGUGCAAGUUAAGUUAUGGAUACCAGUCAUCGUGCAGCAUGUUCUGAAGUCACCUCAUUCCACUCUAAUAGCAGGGUUGACCUUGUGUCAUCUGCAGCUGGGACACUGUUGUGGGGCCACAGUGGGAUAGCAUAGAACAGUUUGUUUUAUUAUGUCAGAGUCACAGAAAUGAUCAUUUUUAUAUCACUUGGUACUUGCUGUUACUGUUAAACCCCAUCUGUGCCAUUCUAAAAUCCUUUGAUGUGAAUUUUCAGCUUGGUACAAAUAGAAAUGAUUCACUGAAGCAGAAGGGUAAGAACACUCAUCUACCCCAUCUCCAGUGACUCAGCGUUUUGUUCUACCUCUAAACCAUUGUGUUGGUGCAGGGAGGAUAUCCAGGUCCAACCUGGGGUGUCCAGGUCCUACCUGGCAGUGUGCUGUUAGAAUCAGGGUGUGUAUCCAGUAUAUGGAAGCCUGCUGUUGAUAUUUGGCAGAAGACACAAGAUGGGCCCAGUGGCGAAUGUUAUCUUUGGAACAUGCAAGAUUUUACCUUGUGGAUUGUGUGCUUUAAAAAUGUGCAGUAUAAUGAAUGCUUGGAAAGAACUGAGGAAAGAGUUAUAGGGAAACUAGAAUCUGAUGGCCUGGUUGCUAAAGCUGUCUUUCCCAGGAAAUGGUAGUUGGGAAAGAAGCAGUCCUUUAUAAACAGCAGUGGGCUCCUCCGUCAGGGGCCACAGUCAUUCUCCCACUGGGUGAGAGCACUGGCUCUGAAGGGACUUGGGCAUCGCCAGAUUUUUGUCUCAACCUGUUUGUUUGGUCCCCACAUAGUGCUCCUGUGGUUUGAUACACCAGGAAGAACUGGAGCAGUGCAGAUGUCCUGCCCCCAGGCAGAGCCACGUAUAUUAAUGACUUCUGUGGAGAAUUGACCUUUCUCAAGAAGACACCAUCUUCCUGGUUCUCAGGCUGGCAUCUGAUCGGGUGACAAGGCCGGCCUAGAAGGGUGGGGACAAGGCAGGGAGAGGGCGUCUCCAGCCCUCCCCUCUCGCUUGGCUCCCUUUUGCCACAGAGAUUCAACAGCCUUUUUAACCUUGAUCGAGCACGCAGGAGAUUCCCUGUGUGAAGUGUAACUUGCAAACUUCUGGUGCCAAAGAUAGCCUUGGAGAGGUUUCAUCACCCUGUCAUAGAGUCAAGUCACAGACCAGUUCAGUGGCUCCUCUCAUGUCUUUUCCGUGAGAUUUUUUUGCUCAAGGGCAAUACUCUGCUUCAAGUAGUGUCAUAGACAGUUUUUGAGGCUUGAGGACUUGGAAUGGAAAGUUGUCCCUUGCAACUGACUGAAUUCUGAGGAAGGGAAACAUAUCCUGUACCUGGGUUAAAAAUCCAAAUGGCAGGAGAGAGAAUUCCUAGAAACUGACAAAGUUUAGAGAGGCAAAUGAAGUUGAAGAGAAAGCAGCUGUGAUUUGCAGCAGGUGUGUGGCGGCGGGAGGGGGCGGUGUAUAAGAAGAGUCUGGUGAGCCUGCUCCAGACAAGAUACCACUGCUCCAACGUGAGAAACACAUUGCUCAGCCUGGCUCGCAGUUGGGUUUCAUCCUUUGAUAAGGCUUAAUAAUGAUUGCUGAUGAAUGGAAGGUAAUUAGAUCACACUGCUCUGAAACUCACCAGACACCUCUCUGUAGCUCAGUUAAAAGCAUGACACUGGGGAUCAUGGUGAACGUAAGAUAAGUGUUUCAUGCAAAAUUUCAACCUCACAGAGUGUGUUGAUGAGAGUGUGUAGAUGUGCAUUGCACAGGUUUUUCAUGACCACUCCCCAUGAGGAAGCUCAUACCCUCCUGCUCUUCCCAGCUUGUGUGAUUGCCUUACAGACCAACCGGAAGUCUGUUUCAGAGAUGGGCCUGGUGGCCAUGUAGCAGUUGCAAGUGAAGCUUUUCUGUUUUGGCCCAAGGAACACCCACUGAAAUGCUGCCACUGGUAGCAUUUCAUUUCAGCCACAGGCAGCUGUCUCUUUUGCGAUGAGGUUCACUGGAGCGCAGAGAGUCCUCUAUUCUGAACUGGUGAGAGAGGAGGAAUAUAAGAUCCUCCAUAAACAACUUCCAAGGCUAUGUUGGGUCUUGGAAUGGUUGGAACUGGGUUCUGCUCUGGCUAGAUGGGGUUCUUGCCAUGGUCAGGACAGGGUACACCCAUCUGGACACCUACUUGCAGGAACUGUGGAAACAGAGGAAGCUAAUUACCUGCCUGGGGUAGUGUUGUUUUGGCCAUCAUCAUUUACAAAGUUAUCUGGGCAAUUUGGAUUUGACUGCUACACUUUCAAAAGUCCUCAGGAUAGCAAGAGAUUGGAUGCACCCUUCCACUGCUUGUGUUUUGCUGCUUAUGCUUAUAUGGCAAAUGGCACUUCUCAGUACAUUUGAGGUAAGUGUCCUCUCCUAGGCCAAAUUUACUGAUGCGUGUGUGUUGAAGUUGCUUUGUCGUCCCCCUUUCCCCCACUCUGGUAGUACUGGGGUGUUUUUUGUUUGUUUGUUUUCUUUUUUCUUUGAGACAGGGUCUCACCAUGUAGUUCAGGCUAGUUUUGAACUCAGUAUGUAGUCCAGGCUGGCCUCGAACUCUUGGCACUUUUCCUGCCUCAGUCUCCCAAGUGCUGAGAUUACAGGUGUGCUGGCUUAGUACUGGGGAUUGAACCUAGGGCCUCAUGCAUGUUAGGCUCUCAACCACUGAGCAGCAUCCCCAGCAUUGUCUCCUUUUCUUUCUUUCUUUUUUUUAAAAAUUAUUUUUAAGACAGACUCUCCCUAAAUCGUCCAGACUGCUCUUAAACUUAUGAUCCUCCUCCUCCUUAACCUCCCAAGUUGCUGGGAUUACAGGCCAGUUCCACCACAACUGGUAUUUCUUUCUUGUUUUAAAUUUAAUGAAUAAUCCAGGGAUCCAAUUUCUCACUAACCCACUCUUUUAUUUUAAGGAUGUCAGUUCUCCCCAAAGUUGCACAUAUCAGUGAGAGUGCAGAGCUGUCUGCAUUUAAAAAGACCAGGCUGGGGGCUGUUCCUGCUUAUGUGUUUGAAAUGCAUCCUGUCCAGCUUUUUCUUUGUGGCAGAAAAAUGUGUUAUCCAGGUAGUUUUUACUAAGUCUGUAAAUAAGUGCUAUGAAAAAUAAUGUUUGUCUCAUAUAAAUAUUCUAUGUAUUUAGCACUUGAAAAUCAAUUCCAGAAUUAAAAAUAUCACAGACUGUUAAAAACCUAACUAUACUUUUUGAGCAUUUUUAAAUCUCUAGUAAUAAUAAUAAUAAUAUGCCUUAUUCAACUAGUGUUUUUAAAAUUCUGGGUAGAAAGAGUUUUAGAAAUGUAAUCAGUUAUUCUGUUGAAAUACUAGAGACUUAACAUAGUCCUUGAUCCCGUUUUUUAAAAAAAAAAAGGCAGAGGCAGAAAGUGAGGUCAUGAUGAGGGUGGCCUUUUGGGGAGACAGAACUAAGUGUUGCUAUUGCCAAAUGAUGUUUUUAAUAAUAUAAGGGAACAUAAUACCUUUCAUGGAUUUAAAGUGUGAAAGAUUAAUGCAGUGCCUUUUGGCAUACUUUUGAUUAUAGAUCUGUGAUAUCAGCUUUGACAAAUCAUAGUGAUAAAGAGAACUCUGUAGGUUGUGACAGCAUUAAAGGUUUACCUAUUUCUGCAGAUAGCUUUUUAAGAUACUGCGGGGACCUCAGAGCACCAUGUUUUGACUGGAAAUUCUCCACAGACUGAAAUGGAGUCUGUUUUAGCAGAGCUUUUAGUUAAAAUCAGUGAUGAAGAGUAUUGCAUGCCUCUCCCAGGAGUACUGCCUGGCCACUGAGUGAGUCUGGGCUCUCCGCAGGACAGGUCAGAGCAGCCAGCAUCUGUCUGCACCCCUGCUGGACACACUGUUCACAGUCAUAGAGCAGCCCUUUGGUCGGAAAGGAUCCUGGAAGGGGCAAAAUGGAAUCACCUUUUCCUCCGUGUGGAAACAGGGAGAGGGGAAGUAGAUGGCAGACCAGUGUGAACCGGUUCCGUAGAGCAACGGCCAUGUCAGCCAGGCCUUCAUCAGAUAAUGAACCAGCAUCUCCUAACAGUCAGCACUGUCCACUUGGAUACCCUGAGGUUUCAGUCCUGUCCCAUGGCGUCCCUUCUUGUGUUCUCUGUGCCUGUGCCCUCCAUCCCUGUGGGUCAGGACUGACAUCAGAUACACUCCCCUGACACACACUGCCAGCAAACUUUCUAAACUUGUAUUUUAACUGUUAAGAGAUUAAAACUCUUGCUUAGAACAUGUCCAAAUUAUGGACUACGUUUCUUAUUUUUAAAAAUCAUUCUUUACGUUUAAAAACUGAAAAAAAAAAAAAAAAACCUUUUGUGAGGUAUUGGAAAGUCCUCUGUAAAUGUGUUACAGUCUCUCCAUGCUGCCAUUAAGCCAAAACAAAAGCUGUGAAAAUAAAAAGUGCUUGAGAAAGUGUGUGCAGAAAGUGAUUUUAUCUACAGGUUGAAGUCUUUAUUUCAUGAAGCUACCAAAUGUUAAGAGAAUGUCACCUCCUUUUCUUUGUUGUGGAUCCCAGAGAUUAUGAAAUUAAAGAAAAAGAUUUUUGUUGCGUUUUUGAUGCUGGCAUACGGUUUUUGUCCACUUUUUUUUUUUUUCAUAUGUCUGUAUAAAAAAAUCUGUUUACUAUGGGAUUAGUAUUACAUUUUGAGGUAAACAAAGAAUUUGUACUGCUUGAUAAACUAUUAGCUUGUAAAUUUGAAAAGUUUCUUUACCUCAAUUAACUUAAAACAAUGGACCAAUAAACUGAUAAAAGAUGCUUUCUUUACCUUGA